UUGCUGGGACUCCGGGCCUGACUGAUGGACUUGGGGAGGGCCAAAUCCCUCUACAUUACUUCCAGACACUGCUCCCGGGGGAAACAGUUGACACUAUGGUGGAGGAAACCAACCGGUAUGGGAAUCAGCAGCUAGACCUCAGACAGGGACAACUAGGGACAUUUUCCAGAUUUCGAAAGUGGCAUCCCACAAACAGAGGGGAGAUGCUGAAGUUUCUGGCCAUUGUGAUAGCCAUGGGCCUUGUACGACAAUCGAAUGUUACUGACUACUGGUCUACCAGACCUGUCACCGCAACCCCGUUCUUUUCAUCUACCAUGUCACGCGAUCGUUUUUUGUUGUUGAUGUCUUUUUUCCAUCUCAACAAUAAUGCUAGGUAUAUUGCCAGAGAAAGUCCUGGCCAUGAUCCAUUAUUUAAGCUUGGCACUGUCUAUUCUUCUAUUCUUUAUAAGUUUGCAACUACAUACAAGCCCCACCAGUUUAUUUCAGUAGACGAGGGUAUGGUGCCAUGGAGGGGUAACCUUGCUUUCAGUGUAUAUAGUCCAAACAAACCCAUAAAGUACGGCUUAAAAGCUUACAUGCUCUGUGACUCUGUGUCUGGCUAUUGUUUGCGUUUCAACUUAUACACUGGAAGGAGGGUUUCCCUACCAUCUGAGCACGGAACAAUAUAUGAUCUUGUGAUGGAUCUGCUCCGUGGCAGGUUCGGGCAAGGUCAUGUAUUGUUCUGUGACAAUUACUAUUCCAGCCCUCGUCUAUUUAUGGACUUGUGGGAGCUUGGUGUGACUGCAGUUGGGACUUGUCGCAAAAACAGGAAAGGCCUCCCCCAGCAACUAAAACUCAAGCAGUUAGCAAACAAAGGUGACACAUACAUUAUGAGUACUGGUCCACUAUCUGGAAUGAAAUACAAUGAUUCCAAUAUUGUGUACAUCUUAACCACUUCAUACACAUGUGAAAAUGUCACCCACAAGCAGAAAAUUAGACCAAAGUGUGUUGUUAUGUAUGACAAAUUCAUGGGAGGUGUUGAUCGUUCAGAUCAGAUGGUUGCCAAUUUUAGGCUUGACCUGAAGGUUCUGAAGUGGUGGAAGAAGGUGUUCUUCCACAUUCUUGGGUUGACUGUGCUGAACUCAUACAUUAAAUAUAAAGGCAAUGUCAGGAAUCCAAUGACGCACAAGCAGUUUAGGGAACGCCUUGUUGAGGAGCUUGUCGAGUUGGGGAAUAUUUGUAAUACCAUUCCUGCUCCGUUGCCUGGUAGACCAAAAUCUCAACCGUUAGACAGGUUAACUGCUAGGAACCACUUCCCAAGGAAACUUGCAGGAAUCAACCCUUCAGCAAGGAGAUGCAUUGUCUGCAAUCCUGCUGUUAGGGAGAUUCUUGCAAGUAGAGGGGAGAAAAGGAAACGUCCCAGCCAUGAGACAGUGUAUUUUUGCCCUCACUGUGACGUUUUUCUUUGUGUUGUUCCUUGUUUUGAAAUAUAUCACACAAACCAAGAUUAUAUUCUUGCAUACAAACGCCAGUAUUCUGAGGAAUGA